AUGAGAGGCACAUCACAGACCCACCUCCUGGCCUUCUCUCUCCUCUGCCUCCUCUCAAAGGUGUGUGCCCAGCCAUGCCCGCUACCGUGUGACUGCCCCUGGCGACCACCCCCAUGCCCGCCGGGGGUGCCCCUGGUGCUGGAUGGCUGUGGCUGCUGCCGGGUGUGUGCACGGCAGCUGGGGGAGCCCUGCGACCGCCUCCACAUCUGCGAUGACAGCAAGGGCCUGGUCUGCCGGCCCGGGGUGGCCCCCAGCGGCCAGGGGAACUUUUGCUUCUGGGGAGAGGACGACGACGGGAGCUGCCUGGUGAAUGGCCGCCGGUACCAGGACGGGGAGACCUUCCAGCCCCACUGCAGGACCCUCUGCCGCUGCGAGGACGGCGGCGCCACCUGCGUGCCACUGUGCAGCGAGGACGUGCGGCUGUCCAGCUGGGACUGCCCUUACCCCCGGAGGGUGGAGGUCCCUGGAAAGUGCUGCCCCGAGUGGGUGUGCCACCAGCAAUCUGAACUGGGGGUCCAGCCCCUUCCAGCCCAGGGACCCCAGUUUUCUGGCCUUGUCGCUGCCCCACCCCUUGGCGUCCGCUGCCCGGACUGGAGCACGGCCUGGGGCCCGUGCUCGACCACCUGUGGGCUGGGCGUGACCACGCGGGUGUCCAACCAGAACAGCCUCUGCGUACUGGAGAUCCAGCGCCGCCCAUGCCUGCUCAGGCCCUGCCUGCCUUCCAGGGGCCGUGGAAGACUGAACAGAACCUUCUAGAGCCUGGCUGGGCACAGAGACGCCAUGCCCACCGUCCCCAGCAGGCGGCUCUGUGAGCUUGGGUCCACCAUCCAGGGCCAGGGGGACAAGAAUAUUCACAAGCCGCCUGGUCCCGAGCGACUCGGAGACACAGUCGGGGUGCAUGACCUAGUCCCGCUUCCUAACUCACAGUCUGGCAGGCUGGGCGAGCUUUCCAGGGUCUUCUGGUCUAUUCCCAGCCUCGUCUCAGCCUUUAUCAAACAUGCACAUGGCGCGCUUUCUCUGCCACCUCCCCUGGGCAGGAGAUGGACAACCACUCCCUUACAAUGACACAGCAGCAGGGCUGGGCUGGGCCAGCCACUUUUCUGGGGGUAUAGCGAAGAGGGGGCACACAGAUAUUCUGAAUCUCUUGCUUCCUUUCCUGGAGUUUUGUAAAAUGGUCCCUGAAUUCAAGCCUGUGCGUGAACUCGUGUGUCAGGCUUGCGCUGCCUGAGGACACCCUGCCACCCGGGGCAGAACUCAGGGGGCUGAAUUCUUUGUGAACCCCGCCAGGUGAAAUCACA